UAGAGAAGCCGAGCGAUAGCCAGCGAGACGACGCAGAAAAGAGCCACAGCAAUUCACAAAUCAGUCUUGGGAGCUGCAAUUGAGCCAUAAAGUCUGACACACGGAAUUCAGUUACAAGAAGAAAAAGAAGAGAAAGAUUCCAUAGCUGUCUGCAAAAAAUAAUUUUUCUCCAGCCUCUGAAGGUGUACCUAAGUGUCUUAAAGAAGACAUCCCUAUUGAGAAAUACGAUGGGACACAGGCAAUGGAUGGGAAUCCAAAGAAACCAGUGAUAUGCCCCCCAAAACGGGAUAUCAUCCUCCUUAUAAGCUCACAGAUGAAGAAAAAAUAAAAGCAUGAGCUGAUGAGGUCCUAAAAUUACUUUAACAUGUCCCUUCUUAGAAAUAUCAAAAAAUUAAACUGGGGAGACAUAUAAAGAAAAAAAGGAGAAAAUAGUGUUUGUAAAGGACCACUGAUUUUCUGAGUGGAAAAUGGCCAACAGUUCAAUGGAGUGCGGCGCAGGAAAAAAUUACAUUCAUUUCACGUAUGCUGUUACGUAUACUGUGAUCUUGGUGCCUGGUUUAAUUGGCAAUGUUCUUGCAUUGUGGAUCUUCUAUAUUUAUAUCAAGGAGACCAAAAAAGCAGUAAUCUUUAUGAUCAACCUGGCCUUGGCAGACUUAGCACAGGUUCUCUCUCUACCUCUCAGGAUCUAUUACUACCUGAAUGAUUCUUGGCCCUUUGGGGAGUUUAUCUGCAUGUUAUGUUUUUAUCUGAAGUACGUGAACAUGUACGCAAGUAUUUUCUUCCUGGCGUGUAUCAGUGUGAGGCGCUGUUUAUUCAUCAUUGACCCGCUGAGGUAUACUGGGGACUCGUUGAAGCGCAAAUGUGAUGUCUACAUCAGUAUUAUUGGAUGGUUUGUGGUCUGCUUGUCAUGUCUUUCAUUCCCUCUAAUGAGACGAGACUCUUCUAGCACUUCUUCCUGGAACAAAACCCAUUGCUUCACAGAACUUCCAGUAGCAAACCUUACACUUGGGACAGGGGUGACUAUGAUGAUUCUGGGGGAGAUGGUGGGUUUCCUUUUACCUCUUUGUGUGAUAUUCACCUGCUCUUGGAAAACUGCCAUGAGCCUCUUGGAGAAAAACGGUGUGCAGGACAGCGGAGAGAAGAAAAAAGCAUUUAAAAUGGUGCUGUGCUGUGCAAUUGUUUUCCUCAUCUGUUUUGCUCCUUACCACAUCACCUUUCCUUUUCAUUUUCUUGUUAGGUCAGGCAUGUUAUCCACAUGCUCAGCGAAGACUGUCAUUUUACAUAUCCACCCUAUAACUUUGUGCUUGGCCAGCAUGAACUCUGUACUGGAUCCUAUAAUGUAUUACUUUACCACAGAUGAGUUCAAAAGGAGGUUUUCAAGGCAAGAACUAUUAAAGAAUGGCCAGUUUCAGAGGAUUGUAUCCUGUCCAGUGGAAGAUGAUCAGAAUGUCACAGGCACUACUGAAAUUAUUCUGCUGGAAUCAUUGACUCCAGUACCAUCUGAAUCCUGAAAAUGUGAAAAAAGUUGGACCUGAGUACAGGUUUUAAAGACAAAUCUAUGUUGUUCAUCCAAACUUCAUUAAAGGCCUCAUAUUAACAAGACAGUGUUCCAUAAUCCGACAAAAUAUUGGACUCCCAUGUUUAAUGGUUUUUAAUUGUAACACUGUUUUAAGAUUAACCGUUGCCGGAUAUCCCUUUUUGAAUUAUAUGGACAAUGAAGUGAUCAUUUAUGUUCUGUCAAAUCAGGUUGUCUUCCAAAGCAGAAUCCUUCCAUUGGGGUAGUUGUGGAUUGAUACCAGGGAUUGCCCGUGUGAAUGUGAGUGUGCAGUGUAAUGGAUUGACACCCAGUCCAAGGUUAAUUAAUAACAUGCAACCAAAGCUACUGGGACAUGCUGAAUCCAUACAACCCUAAAUUGAAUGAAGCAGGUUUGACACUUCUACAUUCAUGGGAUUAAGUAAGUUCACCCCAUGAAAUUAUUUCUUUUUUAACAUACAGUAUAUAGAUAUAUCAAGAAUUGAUCUUCAUUUAAACCCUGUCUUUAGAUAAAGGUGAUGCAACUGGGGGAAAAAAAACAAUGGAAAUUUGACUAUGCCAUAUUUUAUUUAAUGAACAGUGAACAGAUAUGCCAUUUCUGUUUGUGGAAAAAAGUACACCCUUGGCUGUAAUAGCUGGCAUUGCCCUCCCCGUCAGAAGCAACCUCAAGUAGGCAUUUCCAAUAACUGCCUCUCUGGUUUCGACUGAGAGAAAGUCUUUCCCACUCCCCGUGCAGAAUUCUUCCAGCUGUGUGAUGCCUGAGGGGUGUCUUGUGAGCACUCCUUGUUUUGAUUUCUCCCAUGACAUCUUGAAAUAAUUUAGAUCCAAACUUUGGCUUAGCCAUUCAAGGACUCUCCGUUUCUUUCUUUUCAGUUAUUCCUUUGGUGGAUUGACUGGUAUGUUUAUGGUCAUUGUCAUAUUGCAACGUCAGCUUUUGGUUGAGCUUCAGUCUUGUGACAGAUGAUUUCACAGGUAAGCACCCUCUGCUACAAUGAAAAAUUCAUAGUGGAUAGUGGUAAGCAUGAUGAUGCAGCAUAGCAGCCCCGAACUGUAACAUUUCCACCACUAUGUUCUUCAGAUCAAAUGCUGUCAAAUAUGUCUUAUGAUAUUCUAGCAAAAUUACUCUAUCUAUACAUUGUUAGUCCAGAGCACAUUAUUCCCGACGUCCUAGUCCUUGCCUACUAGUUCAUGUGCAAACUUUAGUCUUGCCCUGAUGUCCCUUUCUGCACAGCAAAGAUUUCCCCCUGGCACACCUCCCAUGUAGAUUUAACCCGUGAUGCUUCUUCCUAAUGGUAGAUUCAUGCAUUUUGAUAUUAGCAGUGGCUAGACCUACCCGUGGACCACAAGAUGAAAUUCUGGCGUCCUUACAGACUUCUUUUAACAUCUUGCAUUCUGCUCUCAGGUUAGGCUUGCUGGGGUGGCCUCGUCUGAACAAGUUGGCAGCUUUUUCCAAGUCUCGUCCACUUGUAGAUGAUCUUCUAGACAGUGGAAUGAUGGAUUUGUAACUGUUUAGAGAUCUCUUAAAAUCAUUUCCCAGACUCAUAGGCAUCUACAACCUUCCUUCUGAAGGCCUCAGAGAGCUCUUCCCAUCUUAGCUUGGUGUUAACACACCCUUCAACAACAAGAAGCAAACCAAGCUAAAUGUCUGUGGUUUAAAUAAGACAAGGUCCUCUUUAACGAUGUUGUAAUCAUUUUCACCUUAUUGGGUGUUAUCUUGCGCCCAAGGCCAAGUUUAUUAGUGCGCCAACAGACUGUUCGGUAGCUAACCCAUGCGGCUGGGUUUUUCUCCACCUAAUGAUCUGAACGCCUAAUUCGCCUUAAUGAUGGCAUCGGCCCUGGUUCUAAUUUGAGAUAUUUGAGGUAGAGAUGAACGUCGGGGUGUUCUUACUUUUUCCACAUGUCAAAUUUGCAUUCAUAGGGGACUACAAAAUGUAAAUGUGGCAUGAUGUUUGUUAUAUCACCUUUAUCCAUGGAUGCUGUUUAAAUGAAAAUCAAACAUUGAUAUAUCCACAUUUGUUAAAAAACAAAAAAAAACUUUCAUGAGGCAUACUUAGAUUUUCAUAUGACUGUAUAUUGUGCAAUCACAACAUCACUGGUUAUCAUUUGAAUGAAGAAGACAGAGACAUACCACCUUUAAAUCAAGGACUACCUGUGGCCUUUUACCUUUCCGUUUUGUCUCAUCCAUGUAAAUUUCUGAGUUCGUGUUUUCGGAGAAAUGGCACAGUUUCUAUUAAUUUGAUGCUCUAUCCGCACAACAAUCAACUAAAGAUGAAAUACAAGUUGCAUAUUGUAUUGCUCCACAUACAGUUUCUGCCUUAAAAAAUGCCAUUUCUGGCUUACCUGGUUAUUUUUUAAUUUUAUGCUACUAAAAGAGAUGGAAGGUCCUAUUGCCUGGCUAAUUCAGGUACCGUUGUUUUCUAGAAAUUUUUCCCCCUUUGUAGGGCAAUCACGUGAAAUAUUCCCACUGGCGUUACCCAUAGCAUGCAAAUGCAGCAAAGCAUGGGAGAUGGAUUUACAAAUGCUGUGUAUUGUAUAAGGGUUCAGAACAGCAAAAUAAGAAUGGUCUUUGAUCAGCAACUAAUCUUUUGCUACACGGUGCACAGCAAUUCAUAUAAAGAUAAAGGUCCGUCAACUCCAAGCCUUUAUUUUAUUGCAUAAUGCACUUUAUCGUUAUUCGAGCUUUGCAUUUAGAAGUGUUAGAUGAUAUCAGGCAGAACAUUUGUGGCUGUUAAACCGAACAGCACUGUGAGGUCUCUCAUACCAGAGGAAGUAGCAUUAAAGACCAGGUUUACUUUAAAAUACAAAGCAGCACGUAUGGCGGGCUCCAUUUGCUCAUCAUGCAAAACAUUUCAACAUCUCACUACAACCUAAAAGAGAAGAUAAAAGAACAACCCUCUCUCAAGAGAAAAAAUAAGCUUUUUAUUUCUUUAGAUGAUACACAAAUGCCAAUUCCUUGACCACUGAUGUUUAUCUAAAAAGUUGCCCAAUACCAGUUAAGGAAUUGCUGUGUAAAAUUAUACUUAAAUUAUUUCCACAGAUUUUUUUUUUAGGAAACUUGCAAAGAAGUCAAGAAAAUGGUUGGCUGUUUAUCCGAGAAGUGUUUUGACUGAGAGCUCUGUAAUGAUUUUUGAUUAAGUGUCUAGUAGUAUUAAGAUUAAAGCAUUGUCUUAUAAAGGAAUAAUCAUUGAAAGGAAAGGAGGGCAUGUUAGCCCCCUGUACACCACUAAAGAAUAAACCUAAAAGCGGAGGUAACCUUUACAUCACAUACUCAUGUCUAUUUUACCUUUUAAUCAAUUACAGCAGUAUUGUUAAUUACAUUAUUGUGUUCUUGUUGUUCUCAAUGAAAUGUUUUUAAUUUUAAAACGUGUUUGUUAUAGGAUCCAGUGUGUGAAAGCCCUGAUUAUGUGUGUGUGGCUAAAACUAAGCACCAUGUUGUUACAGGAGACAAACGUUUGCACAAACCGUAUCCAUGUGAAGCGAGGCCUUUUUGUUUUAAAUGCUACUAAAGAACGUGUGCUGGUCCUUCACAGUUUCAGUCAAAGGACAAGCAAAGUCCAAGUGUGGUAUACCUAUAUAUGACUGAUUAAAACUGUGAAGAUGUUAAAAUGUCAUGUUAGGGUUUGUGAAAUUGUGUGGCAAUCCUUGCCUUCAACUACAAAAACUGUCAUUUUAUUGUGUUUUUUCCAAAGAUUUAUUUAACCGUUAUUUAAUGAAUAAAUAUUUAAAUACUUUCCUAAA